AUGUUCCGUGAAUAGUUCCCGACUACACGUGAUUAUAAAAAUCGUAUUUAUUUUUCAAUUUAAAAACAACCUAUUCGCCGUCAAACUGGGUACCAAAACGGUGGAAAGAUUUUUAAAUUUGGCGGACGAUAGCUUCGUCGAAGAUGUCAACGACGACUUGAAAUGUUUUAUAUCAGAGAAAAAAGUUGACAGUGUGCUGGUAUUCCCUCCGGUGAGCAACUACCGUCGCUUCCUGAUACACCGUUGCGUGGAACGACUCGGGCGUCCCGACCUCGCCACAUUCUCUAUUGGGGUCAGCGACGAGCGUCGCACCGUCGUCUGCUACAGGGAACGCAUCUUGAGUGAUGAAGCUUGCGCACGUCCAGCCAUGGUACUGACAGUGGGCAACCGCGAGGAUGCGACCCUUAACAACGAUGGCGCGGCGGAGUGCAGGCCUGCGCAAGCGCAGCGUCGACAACCUCAGGAAAAGAUCAGGUCUGGAUCAACGAAGCCGAGAAGACCGGACCGAGCAGUAUACGUACCGCGUGCGUUACGAGGCGCAGACAAUAGCUCCUCGGACGAGGCGAAGGCCGAACCCCAACGACGGAGCAGCCGCAGCGUUGAACCUAAGAGUCCUAAAUCCCCCAGCGACAGAGACAAAUCGGCGCACGGCACCCCCAAACGGUCCAUAGACAAGAACUUCUGCAACGUAUACACUCCCCCUCACCUCAGGAACCAGCGCUCUCAAACCGCGCCCAGUAUAGCCGACCCAACAGACGACGACUCGCCUCCAGCCCUCGACUGCCCAGUGCCAAAUAGUGAUAGUGCAAUAUCGUGUAGUGAUAAUAGUUAUAAUGACGUAGAAGUAGGAGAGACAUUUUAUAUUGGUGAUUAUUUUGCAAAUGGACAGCUGGGUUUCUACAACCCUGCAUACUACGAAUACGAUAGUAGGGACCUGGAGAGUUACGACGAGAGUUUCACUAAUGAUAACGUGACAAUGGAGGACACUCAGCAAAGGAUUAUCGAUGGUGACUACGUCUACAGCAAAGACCAGGAUGAUGAACAGAACGAGCUUAAACGAGCAUCACAAGAGAUUAAUAGAAGUACUAAGAGAAUUAUAAAACAGAGUUUCGAUUCUGAUGUCUUAGUGAUAUCGGAUCCGGUAGAAGAAGAGAAACAGACUGAAGUGGAGAAAGAGAAAGUAGUAGAGAAGAAAGCUAAGCCGAAGUUAGAAGCAAAGGUGUCUUUGAAACGCGAUGAGAAUGAUUGGGAGACUGUGUACGAUGAUAGUGGAGAGUGUUUGGAUCCGUCCCUUCUAGAAGAAUUAACUUCUACCGUGGGGAAGGUUCAUAUAACUAAAGCUAAGAAUAAUUACGAUCAGUACCAGACAAGAGGACAGGCUUUGUUCAAUGGGCCGUAUGAUGAAACAUUCGCUCAUGUCGUGGAAGUUUAUGACUUCCCCAGCGAGUUUAAGACGAACGAUCUUUUGUCCCUGUUCAGCGAAUACAAAGACACAGGCUUUGAAAUUAAGUGGGUGGACGACACACAUGCGCUUAUAGUCUUCAGCAGCGCUAAGAUUGCUGCUGAAGUGCUGUCAACACAGCGGCCACUAGCGCGGUGUCGACCACUUCACGCCGCCACAUUAGAGUCUAGAAACAAGGCCAAAAAAUGCGCAGAAUUCCUGCAACCAUACAGACAGCGUCCCGAGACGUGUACUGCGCUGGCGCGGCGGCUGGUGUCGGGCGCGCUGGGCGUGCGGCUCAGCACGGCGCGGCAGGAGCGCGCCGAGGAGCGCCGCCUCAUCACCAUCGCUAGAGAGAAGAAACGUCAGGCGGCGCUGCACAAGGAGGCGGCGUGGGACGGCUCCCUCGCCAACCACUCUCUCACUGACUCCUGAGAUUGCCUGAAACCCGCGCAGGCGCAUUUCCAGGUCAAGUUCUCGCUGACCGUAAGCUCUCAAAUAUAUUGUUUUAAAUAGAUAUUUUUCUAAAACGAAACUCCUAGUAAAUAAGAGGCUCCCGUCCUUAUGUCUAUUGUCGUAAGGUUUAAGAUUUAAGAUGUUUUGUGAUUUCAUUGUGCUUCCUAGCGCAUAGUAUUAUUUUUCUUAUUUCUAUAUUGAAAAGAUUUUUAAAUAUAUACGAUUGAAAUUGCGUUGUUGCUUUACCGAAUACUUGGAUUUUUUUUUAUUUUUUAAAAUUAAAUGUAGUUUUUUCUGUGGGUAUUUGUUAAAACCGUAUAAUAGUGUAAUGUGUUCGUAUAAUAUAAACCAAAUAUAUUAGAAAUCAAAUUAAAUUUAAGUUUAUAUUUAUUUCGUUGUGAUUCGUGCCUUUCGUGUCUAGUCUAAUUGUUGGGAGCCUCUUAGUGUGUAGUGUAGUCGGCCAGGGUACUGACUGGCCAGGGUAGGGUAAAGAUCACGUGACAAUUUAUAUCGUCAUUCAUAAAUACCUUAUUUCUAUAUAAAUGUUGAAUUUAAAUACAAUUAUUAUUAAAUUUGCUUUAUACAAAGAGUUCAUAUAUUGAGAAAUUUCAACAGUAUUUUUCAAAAAAUCUUUGGGAAUUUACAUCG